AAGAAGAAGAAGUCGUCCUCCAGUGGCGCUGUGGCGUAGUUAGAUUUUUUAUCACGCUCGAAGAAGAUACAGGAACAGUAGUGAAGUAUCAUUUGAAGCCUAGUAAAUUCCAACAUGUCGAUAUUUACACCUACUAACCAAAUUAGAUUAACGAAUGUCGCCGUUGUAAGGAUGAAGAAAGGAGGGAAACGAUUUGAAAUAGCGUGUUAUAAAAACAAAGUGAUGAGUUGGAGAUCUGGCGCUGAAAAAGACCUUGAUGAAGUACUGCAGACAAACACAGUGUUUGUAAAUGUGUCUAAGGGUCAAGUGGCAAAGAAAGAUGACCUGUCAGUUGCCUUUGGCACAGAAGACCUAACAGAAAUAUGCAAACAGAUUUUAGCUAAAGGAGAACUACAGGUAUCAGACAAGGAGCGACAGAGUCAGUUGGAGCAGAUGUUUCGGGACAUUGCAACUAUUGUGGCUGAAAAAUGUGUAAAUCCUGAGACCAAACGUCCCUACACAGUGAGCCUUAUAGAGAGAGCGAUGAAGGACAUUCACUACUCUGUUAAAGCAAACAAAAGCACCAAACAACAGGCACUCGAGGUUAUCAAGCAGCUGAAAGAAUCCAUUCAGAUUCAGAGAGCUCAUAUGCGGCUACGUUUCGUCCUGCCAGCCAAGGAUGGGAAGAGGCUCAAGGAAAAGUUUAAAACAUUAAUAAAGGUGGUGGAGAGUGAGGAUUUUGAUGAUCAGCUUGAGAUGGUGUGUUUGAUUGAUCCCGGCUGCUUCCGUGAGAUCGAUGAGCUCAUCCGCUGUGAAACUAAAGGGAAAGGAACACUGGAAGUGCUCAGUCUCAAAGAUGUGGAGGAAGGAGAUGAGCGAUUAGAAUAAAAUCAUAAUCCUCUCUAA